UUGAAGUUGGCUGUGCAUUCCAUAGUUGGACGGCAGAGGGUCAACAACACGCGUUGCAACGCUCCUUCCCCAAGUAAAAACAAUUCUCGUGGUGAACUCAAAGGAAAAAAACACACUUGCACCACCAGCCCAAAAGUUUUAGACAUUUUAAAAGUUUCUCUCUGCUUUCACGUCUCACAACUGCGCCCAGACAAAUCGAAACUGCUCAAGUAGGCACGUGGUCUUUGGUCGUCUGUGGUUAUUUCGAUACAUCAUUUAGCAAGCAAGUUUCGAGGCCGUUUAACCAACACCAGUGAAAGUGUGAAUCAUCGGUCAUUACACAAAAACAGAAACGAAAGUUUUGGGGAAUUGUGUGGUGGUCAGCCUGUACAGAGAAAAAGAAAAAUUUAAGUGUGUGGGUGUCUGUGUGUGUGCUAAACAUUUCGGGUUCGUUAUCAGUUACUAAACAACGAGGGCAAACUUGACCAAAAAAUAUAUUAAAAAGACUCACCUGAGCUUGAAAAGAAAAAAAAAAAACGUUAAGGGAAUUAUGAGAUCGUUUCGUGGUGAGUGAGUGCUGCACACAGGAGUCGUUUACUGGGAGAUAUUAUUUCUUCCUCAUUUCUCCCGCCAUCUCCGCCAUAUUCUUUACUCGACUUUAUUGUGUUGAUCUUGGCCGUAAGGUGUUUUUUUGUUAUUGCAACGACAAACAAACAAGAGAGUGGGAGAGAAUAUCAGCAGCUAGAAAUAUAACUGAAAUAUCUGAAGAAAAAGGCCAACUGCAAUUUUGUGUUGGCUGGGAGCCGGAUUCAUCGCUCACGGAAAAGAAUAAAUUCCUCGUUUGGCCAGUCAAUAACCAUCACAUCAGCAGGACAGCAGAGCAACCGUGAAUUGGACCCCAACAAGGUGGUGUCGGAUGUAGCGGAUUCGUCGCUUUUGUAAUUUCUUGUCCACAUCAAAGCCGAGCAAAAAUGAGGCUGCUGUACGCUUUGGCGGCGCUCCUGGCCGUUUUAGGGAUGGCCGGACGAGCCAACGCCUUUUGUCCGGUUGGCUGUCUCUGCGAUGAUGAAACGCUCCAGGUGACCUGUGACGAAGCCAAUCUCGAAGUCAUUCCCAUCACUCUUAAUCCUUCCGUCCAGCGUCUGGUGCUCCGGCAGAACAAGAUAAAAACCGUCGACGACACGGCCCUUCGCUUCUACGUCGAACUUCUCUACGUCGAUUUCUCUCACAAUAGAUUGGUCGCCAUUCAGGAUAGAACCUUUGAAGGUCAACGCAAACUCAACGAACUCCGGCUGGAUCACAACAAAAUCUCCGUCGUAGGCAAUGGCACUUGGCUGGGUCUCAGCCGCGAUCUGUCCAUCUUGUCGCUCAGAGAGAACUAUAUUAGCUCACUGGAUGAGCGAGCGUUUGCGACAGCUGGAGGCAUCCGCGAACUGGAUCUCGGCCGCAACCGACUGGAGCAGAUCCACCCGGAAGCCUUUGCCGGAUUGCCCAACUUGCGCGUUCUCUACUUGGACAGCAAUAAACUGAGUUACAAUUCGCCGCCCAGUUUCCCGGCCUUCCUGUCACCGCUCCGCCCGCUGGCCGAAUUAAGUCUGGCCGCCAACGACCUUCCCUGGCUGGCCGACGGUCUCUUUUCCGUCUUGUCCGAACUGAGCCAACUGGAUUUGAGCGGAUGCGGCAUAAGGAACGUUUCGACUCAGGCCUUCCGAGGGCUCGGACAGCUGCGCGGAUUGAAACUUCACGACAACUUUUUGUCGACCAUCCCGACUCACGCCUGGCCACCUCUCUCCCAUUUGGAGAUCUUGACGCUGGGCCAGAACAACAUUUCCGCCAUCGGACCCAAGGCCUUCGUCGGAUUGACCCGGCUCAAGCAACUGGACAUCAACGACGCCGCUCAGUUGGCAACGGUCGACGCUGACUCGUUGUACGCCAACCGCGAGCUGGUUCAACUUCGAAUCACCAACUGCAAACGACUGGCCAAGUUACCGGAAGGCUUUCUGGCCCGCUCGGUCAAUUUGCGCCGGUUGGUGUUGAGAGACAACGGGCUGACUUCCCUCUCCGACAAGAUGUGGGGAGGAUCCGGGCCCGGUCAAUAUCAACUGGUUGACCUCGGAGGCAACCCUUUCGAUUGCGACUGCAAGCUCCUCUGGCUCAGGGAUUACCUGCUGGGCAGUUUCAAAACCGCCGUCGGAUCCGUCACGGUGACGCACCACAUGAAGAAACGCGAUGCCAUCGCCGAGAACCAGUUGCUGCCCAUACCGGCCGAGGCCAUUUGCGCCACCCCGCUUCCAGUUUCCAACAUGGCGCUGUCAUCUCUGUCGGACGACGAGCUGGGCUGCCGGACGUCGCUGAUGCGAUCGCCUCAAUUGGUCGUCGGACUGGUGGCCGCCGGCGCGGCCUGUCUCCUCGUCUUUGCGGCCUGCGUGGCGUGUCGAUUCCGCAGGCGGAUCAGGCAGACCUGCUGCGGGGCUUCCAAGCCGCACCCAACCAAAGCCGAGGACGCCCGGACGCUGUCCAGCAAGUGGAAGCCGGCGUCACCCAACGCGACUUCGUGGGGCAUCAGCGCUGCCGGAGGCAUCAAUCACGGCGUCAGCCUCAUUGGCAACAACCGAGUCCCGGAAUACCAGAAAGCCUGUUCGCACGAAGAGGAAUGCUUCAUGCGGGCCGUCACACUCCACAACAGCCUCAAACCGUUUCCGAGAACGGAAUUAUAAAUGAAACCAAAACGAACGAGACGAGACGACCGGCGAUCGGAUCGUCUUCAAAAGUCCAUAACUUUUGAUUUGCGUUUUUGAUUUUGUUGGGUUUUCUUUUCUUUUCGAUGUCGAGUCAUUUCGUCUACUUAUGUGGCCCAGCAUACUAUAUUGUAUAACUUUCUUGCGUCGAAUUUUGUCCACCGCCCCUCUCUUGACUCGCGUCUGUUAUCAACCCGCCCAAGAAGACUUCUCCUCUCCUUCUUCUAUCCCCCUUUUACGCGACGUAGACAUUCCAUGGAUGGAGAUCCGAGAUCGCUAGUGUCCAAUUCCUUCUUGGAAAAAAUUUAAAUCGAGUCAUGUCUUUUUUUUUUAAAUUUUGGUUUCUAUUUUUAUUUCUUUUUAUUGAUGAUCUCUUGUUUUUCGGUUUCUUCUUCUUUUCUUUGGUUUUUUAAUUUGUUUGUUAUUUUCUUUCCUUCUCCUCCUCUAUAUUCCUGGAAGUCUGGAACGUUCUCCGACUCUGUUUUUCAACCUCACCAACAAACAACAAAAAUUACGAGAAAAAGAUUUUAUAGAAACUAGUCAUUGGUUCGACAAUGUGACCGUCAACGUUUUUUGUGUAAUAAUUUUGUAUAGCGGUUGAAAAUUCGGUGCCAUAGAACAAAAAAACAAAACAAAAGAAAAUGCGCCAUACGAAAAAAAAAACAAAAAAACUAUAGAGCACGUGUUGUUUUUUCUCUCUUGCGUCAGGAUAUUGUAUUCGAAGAUGAAUAAUAAGAAUAAUAAAAAAACGUAUUACAAAAAA